CACUGCAGUCUUAGAGGAUUUUAUUUACCUGGUUUGAUACUCAUGCAUCACUUGACAUGUUUGCAGCAGCCACUAAGAACUUUGUGAAGCAGGUUGGGGAUACGGGGAGGUUGAUACCCGUCCCCAGCCUGAGCGAGGCCGACCGCUAUCAGCCGCUCAGCUUGGUCACCAGGAAGAGAAAGAGACAUUUCUGGAAGAAGAACAAGUACGCCUCGACCCCAUUCUCACUGAAAGAUAUCCUGGUGGGGGAGAAAGAGAUCACAGCAGGAGUGUCGUCAUAUCAGCUCCUCAACUACGAGGACAAAUCUGACGUCGCCCUCAACGGUCGAUUAGGAAACCACCUCAUCAACGAUGUGGGGUUCAACAUCAGUGGGUCAGACUCUGUGGCCGUCAAAGCCUCCUUUGGCAUUGUGACCAAACAUGAGCUUGAGGUGCCCACAUUACUGCGAGAGCUCAACUCCAGGAAAGUGGAUCUGGAUCACUGCCUGGUUCGUCAGUCCAAGGAGAGUGGUCGGAGCAUUCUCUGUGUGGUCGUGGAAAGUAUCCGCACCACACGUCAGUGCUCUCUGACCGUCCAUGCUGGGAUGAGAGGGACCACUAUGAGGUUUCAGAUCGACGACGGCAGGAACCCCAAAGGUCGAGACAAGGCCAUCGUCAUCCCAGCUCACACCACCAUCGCCUUCAGCAUCUGUGAGCUGUUUGUUCGCCUGGACGGGCGACUUGAUAUUUGUGUAGCCCCGGAGUCUCAAGGUGGAUUUGAGCGGGAGCAGAUCAGGGAGCAGCUCGGCGGUUUCAUUGGUCACUUCUCCAUGGGUCGACUGCGCCGCUUCCUGUCAGGAAUCAUCUAUGGAAACCCCUUCAGAGCAGAUAAUCAAACAUUCGAGGAGCUCACCCACUCUGACACCUACAUGGACGACAUGGUUACAGACUACUACGAGAAAGCCGCCAGCAUGACGGACGUGUCCACUGCCUACCUGAGAGAGAGCUCCCACACACGGGUCAACCUCCUCAAACACAACAUCCCCAAAGGGCCCUGUGCACUCUGCGGCAUGGGUAACCAGAGGCGGGAAACUGUUUACGGCUGUCUGGAGUGCACGAGUGGGGGCCAGAAAUAUGUCCGGCUGCAUGUGGUGCCCUGUUUCGACCUGUGGCACAAAACUCUGAGGUAAAAAAGAAAAGGUUGUUUUUUUUGGUGGUGGAAGACAAGUGUUUACAAUGCUGUUUUUGAGAUGUUUG